AUGAGGGAUCAACAGCAGUCACCUCCAAGCCUGAAAGAAGGCUGUACCUUGAGGGAUGCCACCGAAGUUAAAUGGGAAAGCACAUGCAAUCUGCCGCUGCAAGAAAUGCUAGGGGGUGUGGAGUGUCAUGAGGAGAAGGCAUGCAAUUUGGGUUCAGGGUCCAUAACAGAUAUCAGGAUGGAAGGGCGCAGGAGCCGUACGAGUGAUGUCGUACCAGUUUCCCGCGGCGUUCGCGCGGCCUUGACUGUGAGAGAGUUUCGAACUGUCAUUUGCUACAACUUUUGUCGUGGCUUGACAGCCAUGGAAUGCCUGAAGGAGCUGAAGGAGGUGUUUGGUGAUUCUGCCCCAAAGAAAACGAUGCUUGCAGUUGCCGACAGACCACCCAAGAAGUCGUACAACAUGAAGGCGCGCACGGUUUCCUUAUCAAAAACUGCUGGAGUGUGGAUCCGGCUCAGAAAUCGCUCUCUUUCUCAUCUCCAUCUCUGUUGGGAAGGGUGUGUUGGAGAAUCGGUCGGUGCACUUGGCCCUGGUCGCUGCUUCUGGCUCUCCCUUAAGACGCAGUCAUCAUCUAGUGUCAGAUGAAUCACAUGGCUGCAGCAUGGCCGCUUCAAUUCCCCCUCGACUGAAGUGCCUUUCAAUGCAAUUUUGUUCCUUGUCUUUUUAUUCUCUUGUUCUGCAGAUCGUUUUGGAACAAAAAUAAAUGUGAAGUUCUAUUGGCUG